AUGGAGAGUGGAGAAGACGAAGAUGGAAAUGAUAUAGAAAUAUUACUAAAUUGUGAAAAAGACUAUGACGAAUCUUUGGACCCAAAAAUUACGCGAGUUGAAAUACAUAAAGAAAGUGAAAAGAAAACGCCUGAGAAGAGAAAAGAGAGAGAAGAUGAUCUUAAUGAUGAAGAUGACUUUAUUACUGUGAAUAGGAGAAAGAAUAAAAUAUUAAUUAGAAGUAACUCUGCAGGGUCACAAAAUCAGUUGAGGGUAGAUUCGGAAAAAAAAGAUGAUGAAAUGAACAACUUGGCAAGUUUUGAGGUGUGUGUAACUUCCUUAGAAAACUUACCUAAACAAAUGGCAUUUGCCCGAUUAUUGAGAUGUGAAAAUAUUAAGAAUGUUACAAGAAUAAAAUAUAAAAGUGUUAACAAAGUUUUAAUUCAGUUUCAAGAAAAAGAAGAUGCCACUAAAUUAAUGGAAUGUCAAAAAUUUAAAGAUAUGGGAUGGAGAUGCCAACUACUAAAUGAGAUGACCCUAUCCUACGGGGUAGUGAAAGGGGUGGAUCUAGAAUUAAAAGAAAAGGAUAUAAUGGAAUAUUGGAAUGCAGUACAGAGAUAG